AUGAAAGUAGGCCAGCUUAAGUAUAUUGAUAGUUUGCAAUUUAUGACUUCUAGCUUGACCUCUCUUACAAAAAAUUUUGGUGAUAACCACCCAAUUAUGACUGAGUAUUUCAAGAAACAAGGCUAUUCUUCUGAACAGAUUUCUUUAGCAUAUCGUAAAGGAAACUUUUCUCAUGAGUAUAUAGACUCUCAUGAUCGAUUUAAGGAAACAGAAUUACCUCUGAUUCAUGAGUUUCAUAGUGUUCUUGGAGAAAGACAUUUAUGCAUCAUUAUGGUCUCAAUUCUAGCCAUUAUGUAUCCGCAUAUUCUCUAUCCUGGGAUGCUAUGCUUAAGAUGA